CCAGCAGCCCAGAAGCUGGGAACUACAGAGAAGGCAGAGGAGUGGAGGAGGAAGAGGAAGCUAACAAUUCCCUGCCCAACCCCUAACCCCACCCAGUGCAACCAACAGUUUCCAUUCAGGUCCCUGUUUCGGCUUCAUCCUUGGACGCCAGAUCCGGCCGUCUACCCUGUUGCAUCCUUCCUCCCCGAUUUUGCCCUGCGCCAGCUCCUGCUCCGGGAUCCCGUAGCUGAACCUCCAAGCCAUGGCUGGUCCCUUCUCCCGCCUGCUGUCCACCCGCCCUGGGCUCAGGCUCCUGGCUUUGGCUGGAGCUGGAUCUCUAGCCGCUGGGUUUCUGCUCCGCCCGGAACCUGUGAGAGCCGGCAGUGAACGACGGAGGCUGUAUCCUCCGAGCGCUGAGUACCCAGACCUCCGAAAGCACAACAACUGCAUGGCCAGUCACCUGACCCCAGCAGUCUAUGCCCGGCUCUGCGACAAGACCACACCCACUGGUUGGACUCUAGAUCAGUGUAUCCAGACUGGCGUGGACAACCCUGGCCACCCCUUCAUCAAGACUGUGGGCAUGGUGGCUGGAGAUGAGGAGACCUAUGAGGUGUUUGCUGAGCUGUUUGAUCCUGUGAUCCAAGAGCGACACAAUGGAUAUGACGCUCGGGUGAUGAAGCACACCACUGACUUGGAUGCUAGCAAGAUCCGUUCCGGCCACUUUGAUGAGAGGUAUGUACUGUCCUCAAGAGUCAGAACUGGACGAAGUAUCCGGGGACUCAGUCUGCCUCCAGCCUGCACUAGGGCGGAGCGACGCGAGGUGGAACGUGUUGUGGUGGAUGCACUGAGUGGCCUGAAGGGUGAUCUGACUGGGCGAUAUUAUCGGCUCAGUGAGAUGACAGAGGCUGAGCAGCAGCAGCUCAUUGAUGACCACUUUCUAUUUGAUAAGCCUGUGUCCCCACUGCUGACAGCAGCAGGAAUGGCUCGAGACUGGCCAGAUGCACGAGGAAUAUGGCACAACAAUGAGAAGAGCUUCUUGAUCUGGGUCAAUGAGGAGGAUCACACAAGGGUCAUCUCCAUGGAAAAGGGUGGCAACAUGAAGAGAGUGUUUGAAAGAUUCUGCCGAGGCCUCAAAGAGGUGGAGCGGCUGAUCCAGGAGCGUGGCUGGGAGUUCAUGUGGAAUGAGCGUUUGGGAUACAUCUUGACCUGUCCGUCUAACCUGGGCACUGGACUUCGGGCAGGAGUGCACAUCAAACUGCCCUUGCUAAGCAAAGACAACCGCUUCCCAAAGAUCCUGGAGAACCUAAGACUCCAAAAGCGUGGUACUGGAGGAGUGGACACAGCUGCCACAGGCAGUGUCUUUGACAUCUCUAAUUUAGACCGACUGGGCAAGUCAGAGGUGGAGCUGGUACAAAUGGUCAUCGAUGGAGUAAACUAUCUGAUCGACUGUGAACGGCGCCUGGAGAGAGGCCAGGAUAUCCGCAUCCCUCCACCUCUCAUCCAUAAGCAUUAACUCCUCAUCCCAAGCAGAUGACCCAAGAUUCCGAGGACUUCAGCCCACCCUAAUGGUGGCCCAUUCUACUUGCCCUGGGGUUGCUUGCAUCCUAGUAAAGACUCCUUGCUAGGCUC